UUAUUUAUUACUAGACAAGGGACGACCACACCGAACUGUCUCUGACGUAUUUUACGGCUCUCUGGUACUAAAAUCAUUCAAUUAAGUUAUUUGUCACGCGUUACUUACGCCUCAAGGAAACUUAAAAAUGAGAGAACACGAGGGCAGAAGCGUGACUGAAGGCAAUUACUACUAGCCAAACGAUAACUGAAUUAUUUGUCAAUAAAUCAACAAAAAAAAAACAAGAUGUUGUCAAGUCCUGCAAUGGAGUUACAAGUUGAGGAAACUCCCUACGCUCUUCGCCGUCUGUGGAACCUCACUCGCGCCCGUCUGGCCGGCACCUCUACGACCCUCGAUGAACCGGCUUUAGUGGAAAGCCUACCUCCAGCUCAGGAACCUGAAGGAGCUCAUAAGCUCCCAGUGCCGAGUGACUAUGAGAGUGACGUAGAAGACUUUCCUGAAUUGGAAAUACCAGACCAACAUGAGAUUCCAAGUCAGAGGUACUGGACCGAAAGCGACUAUGACAAGGAAGCCGUUCUGGACGCCGGCAGUCUGGGUGACAUCCCCGCCGUGUACCGCGUGCCCAAGCCUGCUCCUCACCAAAUGCCAGUCAUCGGGGUCUACAUCGACCCUAGAGUUAGAACGGGCUUCAGAUACAAAAUAAGACCGAUGCAGACUUUGGAUGCUCAGCCCCUAUCAGUGAAGCCAAGGUAUUUGUUCGACGGCAAGGCUCUGACGCUGCAGUCCAUUGGUCGAGGGUUCGCUCGUCGUCUCACUUUCGAACCCCUGGACUCGACGCUCAAUGAUAACACCAACUACUUCUGGACGGACUCGCGUCCCGAAGGAUUCGUUUUUGAAAUUGAAGCGGUCUCAGCGGGAGACAAAUUUACGAUCUAUGACGCAAACCACGAGCCACAAGGAACUCUCGAAGUCGUUCAGCAGCAGAAAAACCAAUUGGAGCUGGAUCAAAAGAUAUUUGAGGAUGGAUCGAUCGAAAAGAAAGUUAAAAUAAAUACCCUCUGCAAAGUGGAGUGGUAUGAGAACGAUGGAGCUACUAAGUUGGUACCCGUCACGGGAGUGGCUUUGCUGAAGAAGGGGCGCGGUAACGCAAUCGUGUUCAGGAUCGUCAACGUAGCUAUCGGAAUCAAACAACUGAAAAAGGGAUACGAGCUGAAACCUGGUAUCAAAUCAUCCUCCCGCAGAAUUACUGUGAACGGCGCGGACGUUCAGGACAUCCCUUGCCAAUAUUGUGUGGUGGGGCUGGAGAGAUACGAACUCCCAGUUAUCGGAACCUACGUGGACCCUCGAAUCGUCCCUGGAUUCCACUACCGGGUGCGUCCCGCGAACUCCCGUCGUCAUCUGUUCGACGGGCGCAGUCUGCUCUUGCAGUCUAUCGGCUUGGGCUACGGAAAACGCAUCACUUUCAAACCGGACUCCCUCAACGCCCCCGACAACUACUUCUGGUCCGACUCUCAUCCCGAGGGGCUGGGAAUGGAGACUCGCGCCCUGCAUCCCGACAUGAAAUUCACUAUUACAGGAAACGGGGGACUUUUGCUGGGCGAAGCGAUCGUUUUCCGCGCCGACUUACCCCAGGUCGAGGAGAAGACCGAAUACGUAGAUAUUCCAGGCCAGAGGGGCAAAGCGGUCGAGAAGUACAUCCAGGUGGAUGUCACUUGCCACGUGAAGUUGGCUACGACCGGGGGUGGUUCUGCGGACUCCGAAGUCCACCUCAUGAAGGUGUCAGGAGUGGCCCUCGUGCGCAAAGAUCCGGGCCAAAAUGUCGCCAAACUGGUGAAAGUCUUCAACGUCGGUCUGGACUCGCAGCUCAACCUGCUCUUCGCUCACUCUCAGACCGAGCUCACUUUCCACCCCCUCCCCUAAGAGGUCUCCGGAUCCGAAUGGUAUUGCGACGCUUACGAUAAUAAUCUGAUCGCAUAACAAUACCAAAAAAUCUUACCCGGCUCGACAUAGGCUCGGUCAAACUAAUCGAUUUAGUAAUGAGUUCGCGAUCGAAGUCUAACUCUGUCUUCGAGGGUUUCGAUCGCGUAUUCGCUUCAAUCGGCGCACCGCUGAGCAGAGGACACCUUUAGCUCGAACCUGACAACGGAAUGUAUAGUUCGUUGAGCCUAGAUUUAACCUUUCUAGGCUCUAGUUCAAGAUUUAACAACAUUAAUAAGUAUAUAAUUGACUUCUUAUUUUUUCUGUUUAUUGUCUCUCUUAAUCAGUAUUACUUCAUUUGACUUGUGUUUUUUAAUUAUUAAUGCUUUGACGUAACAUCUGGAGAGAGUAGCAAAAGACUAAAUAGAUUCUGAAUACUGGCGGGAUUGCCGAUAACUAUAUGAUACAUUUGAUUGAUAUGAUUUAUGUUCUCGAAUAUAUUUAAAUGUACAAUAAAAUAUAUUUUCAAUU